AUGGCAGAUGCGCCAACAUGCAAUGCUUUGGCCACACCUGCCAAGGACGCAGGAAACUCUUCCUUUGCAGCUGGAAGGUUUCAGGAAGCCUAUGACUACUACUCCCAGGCUAUCAUGGCGGAUCCUGACAGCGCCUUGUUGCGCUCCAACCGUUCAGGCGCCCUGGCAGCGCUGGGUCGAUACGUCGAGGCUCUGGCCGAUGCAGACAAGUGUUGUCAACUUCGUCCUGAUUGGUACAAGAGCCAUGUUCGUCGUGGACAUGCCAUGUUCCAGCUGAACAGAGUCACCGAUGCAGAGGCACGGAAUGGCACGGAUCUGGGGCACUUCCUCGCAAACGGGCCCGUUCGAUGUCCUGCUUGCGAUUCGGAGAUGGAAAUCCGAACGUUGAGCGAGCCGGCGAGUUCCUUAGGAAAAGGCACCGCGAAAGGGAAAAGCACUGCGAAAGGGAAAGAUGGGAAAGGCCCUGCAGGAGCUGAAACCGAACCCGACACUCAACCUCAAGUAGAGUCUGAGACCGGUUCAACAAUACCAGACCAGGAGCACACCCUACCCCCUAGCUUGACCAAGUGA